GGAAAAAGGGUGGCGGUCCUGCUGGAUCGGGGAGGAGAGCAGAAGAAGAGCCGAGCCAGUGCGUGGGUGAAGAUACCAGAGUCUCAUAAGGUCCAAACUGUAUAGCAGGUUCCAUUCCCUGGAGGAUAUUAAUGAAUCAGUUGGGAUUUUAUGAUAAUUUGGCACCUUGCUGGCUCACUUUUUCCUGAUGCCAACCCCACAUCUUACAAGAUUCAUUCAGCUCAAUUUCUCAACCUGCCUUUGUGUUCCGGUGGGUUCUCUCUCAUUCCUUUUUUCCUGUUUUAAAUCAAUUUCACAGGGUACUGAAAGGGGAGGAUUUGCAGUCGGGAACCUGAAACCAAACAUCAUGUGAGGGUCUUAGGGAGUCGCUCAAUAUAUCAUAACCUGAAUAUCAUCAGAUUUUGAACAUGGAAGGAAGAAGCACCGUUCACAGUGGGGAGAAACCGUACUUGUGUUCAGUGUGUGGACGAGGCUUCAGCCGGUCAUCUGGCCUGUCAAAACACAAGCACAGUCACACCGGGGAGAAACCGUGGAAAUGUGGGGAGUGCGGGAAGGGAUUCAGUUACCCAUCUGAAUUGGAAACUCAUCGCCGACGUCACGCUGGGGAGAGACCGUUCACCUGCUCCACUUGUGGGAAAGGAUUCUCUGAUUCAUCGAACCUCCUGAAGCACCAGCGGGUUCACACUGGGGAGAGGCCAUUCACCUGCUCCGAGUGUGGGAAGGGAUUCGCUCAGUUCUCCCACCUGCUGACACACCAGCGAGUUCACACUGGGGAGAGACCGUUCACCUGCUCCGAAUGUGGGUUGCGAUUCACUGAUACGUCCACCCUGCUGAAACACCAGCUAAUUCACACUGGGAAGAGAGCUUUUAAAUGCCCAGACUGUGGGAAGUCCUAUAAAAGCUCCUGGGAACUGAUGUCCCAUCAGCGUGUUCACACUGACGAGAGACCGUUCAGAUGCUCUCAAUGCGGGAAUGGCUUCAGGUGGUCAUCACAGCUCACUGCACACCAGCGAAUUCACACUGGGGAGAAGCCGUUCACCUGCUCCGAGUGUGGGAAGGGAUUCACUCAGUUAUCCCACCUGCUGAGACACCAGCGUAUUCACACUGGGGAGAGGCCGUUCACCUGCUCAGAGUGUGGGAAGGGAUUCACUACAUCAUCCAACCUGCGGGCACACCAGCGAAUUCACAAAUCAGAGACAGUGGUUCUUAAAUGGACACUGCAGCCCCAAGAACACAAUCAACUAUGGAUCAGGACUCCAGUCCAGCAGAAAAAAAACACCAACUAUCAGGAUAAACAUGCUUCAGUCUUGGAUGUGAUUAACAGCUGCAAUCACAGUAGAAUCCAACCCCUUGUGUCACUUGUGGACCAGCUGGUGCCUGAGCAGGUUCCAAAUACAUUGCCCCCAAUGAGGAUGGCGGCCGUGCAUGCGCCCUAUUGCAUAUUGCCCCCAAUAAAGAUGGCGGCCGUUAACCCGGGUCUGCACCUGAGACAAAGCCGCGGCCUAUCUCGGUAUAAACGAGGGGGACGGGGAGAAUUUGCAGUUGGGAAACUGAAACCAAACGUCACAUCAGGAUCCUAUGGAAUUUGUCGUAACCUGAUUUUGAACAUGGAAGGAAAAAGCACCGUUCACACUGGGGCGAAACUGUGCACGUGUUCUGUGUGUGGACGAGGCUUCAGCCGAUCAUCCGGCCUGUCAGAACACAAACUCAGUCACGAUGGGGAGAAACCUUGGAAAUGUGAGGAAUGUGGGAAGGGAUUCAAUUAUCCGUGUCAGCUGGAAAUUCAUCGACGCAGUCACACUGGAGAGAGGCCGUUCGCCUGCUGCAUGUGUGGGAAGGGUUUCACUCAAUCAUCCCACCUGCUGAAACACCAGCGAGUUCACACUGGGAAGAGACCAUUCACCUGCUCCGACUGUGGGAAGGGAUUUGUUAAUUCAUCCGACCUGUUGAGACACCAAAGAGUUCACACUGGCGAGAGAACAUUCAAGUGCUCUCAGUGUGGCACUGGUUUCAAGCAUUCAUCUGACCUCACUGUGCACCAGCGAGUUCACACUGGAGAGAGACCGUUUACCUGCUCCCAGUGUGGGAAGGGGUUCCCCAGCUCAUCCAAUCUGCUGAAACACCAGCGAGUUCACACUGACGAGAGACCUUUCGAAUGCCCAGAAUGUGGGAAGUGCUUCAAAAGUUCUGGAAAUCUGAUGUCCCAUCAACGUGGUCACACUGAAGAGAGACCUUUUAAAUGCCGUGACUGCGGGAAGUGCUUUAAAAGUUCUGGGGAAGUGACGUCCCAUCAACGAAUUCACAGUGGGGAGAGACUUUUUAAAUGCCCAGACUGUGGGAAGUUCUUUAAAAGUUCCAAUGACCUGCUGUCCCAUCAACGUGUUCACACUGACGAGAGACCGUUCAGGUGCUUUCACUGUGGGACUGGGUUCAGGCGAUCAUCUCAUCUCACUGUACACCAGCGAAUUCACACUGGGGAGAGGCCGUUCACCUGCUCUGAGUGUGGGAAGGGAUUCACUCACUCAUCCCACCUGCUGAGGCACCUACAAGUUCACACUGAGGAGAGACCGUUCACCUGCUCCGAGUGUGGGAAGGGAUUCACUCAAUCAUCCAGCUUGAAGACGCACCAAAGAGCUCACACUGCGGGAGAUCUUUUAAAUGCCCAGAGUGCGGGAAAUUCUAUAAAUGUUCCCAGGAACUGAUGUUCCAUCAACACAUUCACACUGACAAGAGACUGUUCAGGUGCUCUCACUUGGGAUUGGUUUCAUGCAAACAUCUGACCUCACUAUACACAUGAGUCCACACUGGGGAGAGGCCAUUCACCUGAUCCAAGUGUGGGAAGGAAUUCACUCAUUCGUCCCACCUGCUCACACAGCAGUGAGUUCACAAGGAACCACAUUGAUUGAGUUAAACACAUCCAGGACUGAACUGUUUUCAUUGGAGUCUGUUUCUGAUGUUAAUAAACUCCUGCCCAGUUAUAGGGUCUGAUAUUGUGGAUGAAAGCGAAAUAAAUCAUGUUAAACACAUGGUGUGCCAAGUCUUUUUAAUAUCUCUAACAGGUUACAUAUGAAUUAGGAGCAGGAGUUGGCCACUCGGUCCAUAAAGCCUGCUUCACCAUUCAAUAAGAUCAUGGCUGAUCUGACUGUAACCUCAACUCCACAUUCCCAUCUAUGCCCAGAUAACCUCUCUGCUUAUCAAAAAUCUGCCUUCAAAAUAUUCAAAGACUCUGCCUCCACUGCCUUGUGAGAGAGUUCCACAGACUCAUGACCCUUUGAGAGAAAAAAAUUCUCCGGAUCUCUGGGCGAUCCCUUAUUUUUAAACAG